GAGUUCAUCACAUAAUCUAGUGCUUGUUCGAGCUCAGAUAACUGCAUUGCCGGAUAUCUCUCUCAACUCAACAACAUAGUAGCAAUCACGACCUUGCUAGAAAGUGAAUGCUGAUACGACUCUCUUGAAAAUGACAUAUGGGGCUGUAAGUCCAACGGCGUUCAUGCCCCGUCGAUUGAGGGUAGUUGUCAUUGGCGCUGGAAUAUCCGGAACCCAAAUAGCGCACGAUCUCACCUCACGAAUGAGGAAUAUAGAUCUUAAGAUCUACGACAGAAAUGAAGGCGCCGGCGGCACUUGGUUCGAGAAUCGGUACCCAGGAUGCGCGUGUGAUGUUCCAUCCCAUGGGUAUCAGUAUAGCUGGGCGCCCGAUCCCCGCUGGUCUACGUUGUAUGCCUCCGCGCUCGAGGUACGCGCCUAUUUAGACUCGGUGAUUGCCGACCAUGGGCUAGCGAAAAACUCGUUCUGGAUCGCCACGUUCAAGCAUGAGACUACUCAGCAAGAGACCGUCGUCGAGGCGGAUGUCUUACUCGAUGCAGUUGGGCGGCUGAACAAUUACAGAGGCCUGGUAGUGACGGGCAAACGAGUCGCUGUUCUAGAUAACGGCUCCAAUGGAAUGCAAUGCGUCGGUGCCCUGCAGUAUGAAGCUGCAGAGCUAUUCAACUUCUGUCGAAGCCAAGCAUGGGCUGAUCCUGCUCUGUUUGACGACAACAAAAAGUUCACCGAGGAAGAGAAGCUUGAAUUUAUGAACGACCCCGACGUGUACCACAAGAAUCGCAUCCAGCUUGAGCGGCGGAUCGCAUCUGGCUUUCGCGUGCUUUGGAAGAAUACCUCAGCGCAUCACAAAAUGCGAGCAAGGGUGGAAUCCUACUACGAUCACAGAAUCCAAGAUCCGAACCUCCGAAAAAUGCUUCGGCCCGACUUCGCCCCAGCGUGUCGGCGAUGGACAAUCGGCGAUUCGUACAUCGAGGCCAUGCAGCAACCUCAUGUGCAUCUAGUUCAGGACCAUGUCACCAGCCUGACCGACACUGGCGUGCGGACGUGUUCCGGAGAGGAGUACGAUUGCGACGUUGUCGUUUGCGCCACGGGUUUUGAGCCCUACGCCCCUCGCUUUCCAGUAAACGGACAGGAUGGAAUAAGUUUGAACGGUUGCUGGGGUCCGCAAAGUGAUUGCGAGAGCUACAUGGCAAGCAUGGUGGCUGGAUUCCCCAAUUUCUUUGUUUUCCAUCCACCUCAUUGCCCUGUUAUCGGCUUUGUCAUCCCAGGAAUUGAACGGACGUCAGAAUACAUCAUCCGGAUCCUGACACAACUACAGACUGACUGCCUUCGAUCAGUCAGUGUGAAGCCCGGAGCGCAGCAUCAAUCUGUCCGCUGGGCUCAAUCCUGCAUGCCUGACAUGUCGUGGUCUGACCCAUGCAGCUCAUGGUACAAAAACAAAGAAGGGCGAGUAGUGGUUCCAUGGCCGGGAACCAACCACUACUAUGCGCCCACGGAGAUCGUUCGUUGGGAGGAUUUUGACCUCCGUUUCGAGGACCCGACACAGAAGUAUGCUGGGAAUGGGGUGACAGAAGAUGGCUUUGCAGCUGAGUUCAUCCAUUGGGUGCUGACACCAGAGGGGCAACAGGUAAAGAACUUAUGCUCUUAG